AUGACGCUCUACUACUCUCUCGUCUUCUUCCUCCUCGUCCUCGAGAUGGCGCUCUUUAUGCUGCUCCUCGUUCCCCUCCCAUACACAGCUAAGCGCAAGGUCUUUUCCUUCAUCUCCGAAAAUCCCAUCGUCUCCAAACUCAUGUACUGGCUCAAAAUCACAUUCGUCUUCAUCCUCAUCCUCUUCAUCGACAGCGUCAACCGCGUGUAUCGCGUACAAUUGGAAGUAUUGGCGGCAAGCGACCAGGCUUCCAAGGGAGCUGCUGUUCUUGGUCACGAGCGUCUCGAAGUGCAGGCCCGCAAGUUUUACUCCCAGCGCAACAUGUAUCUCUGCGGGUUUACGCUGUUCCUGUCGCUUAUUUUGAACCGCAUGUACGUCAUGAUUAUCGAUACGAUUAAGCUGGAGGAUAAGGUGCGGGCGUUUGAGAGCAAUCAGAACUUCAAGGAGAAUAGGUCGAGUGAGGUGGCGGAGUUGCAGAAGAAGUUGGCGAAGAAGGAGCAGGAUUUGGAGACGUUGAAGAAGCAGAGUGAGGGGCUGCAUCGGAGUUAUGAUGAGUUGAGUGAUAAGUAUGCGGCUACGCAGGUUGAGGAGGGGAAGAAGGGGAAAUAA